UACAAGGGCUUGGACAUCAUCACCAACAAGGCGUCCCCCCAGGAGCAGCGGCUCUGCAGGCACCACAUGAUCAGCUUUGUGGAUCCCCUCGUCUCCAACUACACCGUGGUGGAUUUCAGGGACAGAGCCGGCCCCCUCAUUGAAGAUAUCUUCGCUCGAGACAAGAUCCCGAUCGUCGUGGGAGGAACCAACUACUACAUCGAGGCCUUGCUCUGGAAGGUCCUCGUGGACACCAAGGUACUGCCGUGGGGCUCCGGGGAAGGGGGGUUGGAUCGCAGGGAACGUCUGCGGUUCCCUUUGCCGGAGCCCCCAGGGCUGCCGGGGAGAUGGCAAAGCUCAUCCUCAGCCAGCCCCUGAGCUCUGUCUGCCUCUGCUUCCAGGAGCCUCCAAGUGUUUGAAGAGACGGGGAUCCCCCACAGUGAAAUCUUGCAGCAGCAGCAGCAGGAGGAAGGUGGGGGGCCCUUGGGGGGACCCUUGAAAUACCCACAUUCCUGCAUCCUGUGGCUUCACGCGGACCAGGCAGCUCUGGAUGAGCGGCUGGAGAAGCGGGUGGAUGACAUGCUGGCCGCAGGGCUGCUGGAGGAGCUGCGCGACUUCCACCGGCGCUACAACCGGGAGAAGGUGGCCGAGAACCGCCAGGAUUACCAGCACGGCAUCUUCCAGUCCAUUGGCUUCAAGGAGUUCCACGAGUACCUCGUCAGCGAGGGGAAUUGCUCACCCGAGACCAGCGCCCUGCUACUGCGAAAAGGGAUCCAGGCUCUGAAGCAAGUAACCAAGAGAUACGCUCGGAGGCAGAACAAAUGGGUCCGAAACCGCUUCCUCAAACGCCCUGGCCCUAACGUGCCCCCGGUGUAUGGCUUGGAGGUGUCUGAUCUCUUGAGGUGGGAGGAGGAUGUGCUGAAACCAGCUCUAGAGAUUGUGGAGAGCUUCAUCCAGGGACGAGAGCCGCCAGCGGAGCCCGUCAGGAUGGAGUGCGACGUCCACGAGAACAAGCGGAGCCAUCGUGUCUGCGAGGUCUGCGACAGGGUCAUCAUCGGGGACCGCGAGUGGGCAGCUCACACCCGAUCCAAAUCCCAUCUGCACCAUCUGAAGAAGAGGCAGAAGCUGGAGGCCGCCAGCCGCGCUGCGGGCAGCGACGGGGACGGUGACAGCACAGAGCCCUCGGCAGAGGACAGUGUCUCCCCUUCGCUGUAG